AUGACCUACAAUGUCCUGCUCGGUGCCAUGAUUAUAACAGUAUUAGGUUCAGUUGCUUCUACGACACACUUGAGUAGUAUAAAUGUGAUUGUUAAAGCUAUCCUGCAGCCAACCCGAAUCAACGCUACUAGACAGGUGAGAAACGAAAUACAUAGAUAAAGAGAAAAGGAAAAAAGAAGACUGAGGAAAAUACGUUUUUCCAAUUGGAAUAAUUCUGUGAUUAAGUUGAGUUGCCUAAUCUUUGAAAACUGACAUUCUUUCUCCUCCAAAUAUUUCUUAGAUGUUAAACCUCUACCCUUGGAUAAGAAACAACUGGGAUCUUAAAGAGCCGGAAUUUUAUCUAGGACAAGAAAUCACACCGUUAUGCUCUGGCAAUAAGGUGAGUAUCGGUGGUUCUCCAACACAGGCCGUCAAGGGAAGUAAAAAGAAUUUUAACAUGCUGUGUAAUGCGCGCUUUUUGAUUGGUCGGAUCAAAUUUGAAGUAUGUGCAUUUAGAGGCGUGCGUGCUUCGUCUUGCUUUAAUGCACUUGGCUUAUCGUCGCUUACGUCUUCAGCCCAAGCGCGCGCAGAUCAUGAGACAGGUUUUGCAAUCUUUUACCAUCUUUAUGGAGUCUGUGAUCUUCCUGACAGUACAAUUUACGUCAUAAACUGUUCAAAAUUCAACUGAAACCACGAGCGAAGCGGGUGGUUUUCUCGCAAAAGCUUAAAAAUUGUUUGGAGAAUAGUUUUAUAACGUUGAUAAUGAGCUUUGACUGAAGCUCCUACAUUCACAGACCAAACAAAAGCAACUUUAACACUGUCAAAGUAAGUGAUAAUAUACGAUAAUGAAAAUACUCGUGUUUGAAUUUAAAUCAAUUGCCUCUCAUUCAGAGGAUGCAAUUAGGCCGACUAAAAAGUCCAAAAACGACUUUUGAGGGAAAGGAAAUGGACGGGAAAAAAAUCACAAUUCACUCUUAGAGGUGUCCAAAGUACAACUGACAACCACGUUUCCGUGUCGCGUGAUGUGAAGUUCAAACUCAAUAGUAUUUUUAUUGGCAUCACUCACAAGGAGAGCGCCAAAAUGUUCACCCUUAACGAUAAAUUUUUUGAGCACGUGAAUACUCCAAAGGCUUACAUUCAACUGAAUUCACGCCAAAUCGAGUUGUGUACUUAAGUGUUAAGCUUGUGGAUUUUAGGUCAUAUACGUCUGUAGUUUUUUAUAUAUAGUAUAAACAUCGUAAGUAAAAAACUAGUAGACAUGAGGAUUUUCUUAACGCGUGCAUUGCUUGAAGAGAAGCAUUCACGUAACUUCAAAAUCUUGCGGAAAGAUCUCACGCCUUUUAUCUUAUAUAAUGAUCAGUAAAAAUGUUGGUAACUCCUUAAUCAGUAUAAAACAUUAAAAAAUAUCAUUGGCAUACUUUUUCGCACUGUAGACAAGAACAGACAACCUCUCUAUAGCGUACUUAAAGUUGUCCGGCUUCGUCCUCCCACUCACGAUGGCAUACACGCAUGAAGAAACAAAAGGAAAUCAGCACUAUCGGUUAGCAAAGGUCCUCAAGGAUACAAGCUGGUGGCUAAACAAUACCUACAUGGCCAUAUAUCAUAACGUAAGAAUACGAUGAACUUAAUAAUUGUAGAGUUCUGUUCAUAUCCCAAUAUUCAUUGAUUAUCGUUGGUAACAUGAUUGUUUUGUUUUGUUUUUCUUUACUUUAGGUUUCGGGAUUGACUUUGCUCCCUCCUAAUCAAAAGACAGAGGCAGAACUGGACGAAUAUACUAGAGUAUUUCUACAAGCCCUCGUCAAUGAUAAACGUGUGGUAUGUGGUGUAUCUUCUUAAAAAAACUAAAUCUUCUUGCAAAACUAAAUGUAUAUGCCUUAUACACUCGGAACCGUGAACACUUAUAUAAAUUCAAAGACUCCGUGUCAUUGUAAGAUUAGGGACUUUGAGGAAAACACGAUGGUGAUGGCAACCGAAACGUGGCGAAACAAAGGUUCUGUCCGUAGAACAAUAGCUCUACACGUGCGUUUUCAAACUUUGUACAUUUCCUGGCCAUCCGAAGCAAAACAACGUGGAUUCAUGAAAAUUUUUGCGUUGUCUGAGAACGAGAACCUAGCCUCCGAAAUUAUUCACGUUUCUAUUCGAAAUUAACCCCCCAUUCAGGGGAGAAGGUGGUCGAAAUACGCGCGAAAUGCCUAAAAAAAGAUAGAAAGUUUAUUUGUUCGGUAUUGUUAAGCGUCCGUCGUGACAUCUUAAACUCCCUACUGGGCUCUGCCGUAUUACCGUGGGAACCCUUUAGAACUUGUCAGAAAGUUUUGAUUGAGUGCAGGUUUGUUGACUGAGAUUAUUUUGUGAGCUAUAAUAAUACCAUAGUUCGCUCUUAACAUAAACAAAUUUCACGUAGAUCGCGUCGACAGUCAACCAGUAAAAAGCUAGGGUUAAUUUUUGGUUAGAGGAAUGGUAGGUGUGCAGUUGCUCAGAUAAUCGCAUUGAUCCAGAAACUCUAUUUAGAUCUUGUUUAAAACCAUCAAAUAUCAUGUUGAUCGGCAUGUUUGGAACAUCAAUAUGAAAUUUUACGAAAGUCACAACAUGAAAUUUGGAGUGGAUUUUGUCCAAUAAGUUAAAUCUUUUAAAAAUCGUGUCAAAUGAAAUCAUAAAGCGAUCUUGUAAAUGCCAUCUCACUUAGAUCGAUUUGCUUAGAAUAUCAAAACAAAAUCUUUGGAAAUAUUGUUUAAUGAAAAGAAAACUUGUGUAAAAAAUUUUAAGAAACGCCAAUUUCGAGUGGACCUUGUUCAGCAAAAUUGAAUCUGUUAUAAACCGAAUCAUAUCAAACGUAGAUCUUGUUUAUAUGGAUGAAAUCCUACGCAAAACUUGCUUGGUAAAAUGAAAUCUGACUACAAUUUUUUUCUUUCCCUCUGGUUUGCAACGAAGAAAUCUAAAAGCCCUCUUCCAUAUUUAUUUUUAUCACCAGAGCCUGACGAUUACUGAUGACGUGGUUAAGACGUAUCGAAACUAUGCUAUCCUUUACACAUUAAAAGAUGUCAUCCGUGAAGUUCUGUCUUGUUUCCAAUCCAUUUAA